AUGAAGAGUCGGAAUGAUUUGAGGAAGGCUGAGUUUCCAGGCUGUGGAAGCAGUGCCAGCAAAGGCCCAAGACCUGCACCAGCCUGGCACUGGGGUCCCACCCAAGGUUUGGAGCUCCAGAGUAGUGCGUGCGCAGCUGCAGUCCUAGAGCCUGCAGUCCUCUCAUCUCUAUCAGACAAGAUGCUCAUGGCUGCAGGGGGAGGGAGGCAGCCCACAGUUCACCAAGCACCUUUACCCAGAGGCUUGCCAGACAAGUCCAGUCUUCCUGCAGCUGCGGCCAGUAUCAAAGUUUCUUUUUCUUUGGAAACACCUGGAAUUAUCUUAAAAAGGACCCCUGGUUAA